AUGCGCCCGUCAUCCGCGCUCUUCUUCGCUUUCGCCGCCUCGGCCGUCGCGCAGGACCAGGUCCCGCUGCUCGACAAGCUCAAGGGCUUCUUCAACCAAGCAACUGCCGCCAUCUCGUCAGCAGUACCCGCCGACCCUUCAGCACCCGUCAAGGCUGCAUCUGGAAAGGUCGCCGAGUCGAUCCAGCAUGAGCUGACCCUGGAGAAUUGGAAGGAUGUGUUGACGGUAGACCCCACCGCAAGCGCACCGACGACGCAGGACUGGCUGGUGUAUAUCACCGGUGGCAAUGCGACGUGCUUUGGACUGUGCGGAAACACGACCAAGGCCUGGAACGCCUCCCUCCCUCUUCUGGCUGCCCAGCCCAACGCACCCAAGUUCGCCGUUGUCGACUGUGAUAAGGAGCAGAUCCUUUGCAACUCGUGGUCCGUCGGCCCGCCGUCUCUAUACUACUUCCAAAUUCCCAAGCCCCUGGCCGACCAGUCGGCUCCCGCAACCACCGUCCGCUUCCUGCCCCUGAAUCGCACUUCCACCACGACCGAGACGUUCAAGAAGCUUUUCGUGGAUGGAGAGUACGAGAAGACUGCACCGUAUGAGGGCUACUUCCACCCUUUUGACGGUGAAAUUCAGAAGUACGGUCUCGCCAUCCCACUUGCGUACUUCUUUUGGGGGUUUUCCAAGAUGCCAUCCUGGUUGCCUAUGAUCCUCAUCUCCUUCAUCAGCCGUUCCUUCAUGGGUCGUCGCGCUGGUCCUCAAGGUGGCCAGCAGCAAGGUGCCCGUCCUGCAGCCGCGCAGUAG